UUGCUGGGACUGUGAGAGCGACGAUGACGACGACAGCCAGGAAGACCAUUGUGUCACUCUCAGCCAGCUUCAGCUUGAGCUUGCCAACUUGGGCAAGAUUGUCGACGAGCUGACACGGCAUAGUACCGGUCCUGAGCACGAGAAGCUGUCUACGCUGAGACUCCAGGGCGCCGACGCGAUAUCAAGACUGGAAUUUCUCGGAAUCCGACUUCGAGACUCGCAAGAAGAAGUGGGCGAAAUGGAGAUUGAGGCGGGAAAAGAGUUGGAAUUAGCCGUUGAUUAUGAGAAGGGGUUGGUCGAGAAACGCGACGAGAUCCGGUCGAGACUGUCUGAGUUGAAGGACGAGAAAGAUAGGAAGGCGACCCUGCACAACCUCUUAGCAUUGAUUACGCCCAUCCUGAGCAUGUGCUGCUGCUACGCCAGGGUCUCUAAGCUUUUCGCGGUUAGCGGAUUUGACAAGCAAAUUGCUGAACUCGUCUAUCAAGACGACGCCUACGAGUCCGGGAUCAAAGAGGUCAGAAAGCAGCUACAGCAGCUGCACCUCCAGGUCUCAGCACUCGAGGCUUAUAGAGGUCGGAUCCUGGAGCUUACCGGAACAUGCAGUGAACUCCUCCGACAAUCACAGGAGAAGCUGGCAGAGAUUCGCAAUUUGGAACCACAACUUAUUGACCUGGGAAAGGCGGCCGCGCAGGUGUCUCUGGGCCUCCAACAUAUACAGAGCCAAGCGACUGCGAUACAACAAUCGUCAUGUCAAGACUGGAGUUCAGUGGAGGAACGUAUGCGCGGCUUCGUCCAGUCCUUGAUGGAGGCCGAGCAGAGCAACCCGGCGAAGAUCUGUCGGCCGUUGGUUCAGUGUCUCGAGCAGCUUGGAGGCGGAUCUCAGAAACUGUUGGCAUCAAAACGGCGAGCUGGUUUGAAUGGUGCGGCGACAGCACCACUGCAGAGCAGCCGGGAAUAUCAUGAAGCGCCGGAUGGGACAAUGGGGUGAGGUCAAGACUGGGAUAGUCGACUCGGACAGGUACCCUUCGCACGAUGCUGAAUUCUUUGGAUGGAAAAGUCUAAGAGAGCAAGAGAUGGUUGUAACGGUGUCGAGAACAGAGAAAUGGGCAAUUCUAGCAUCUCCAGCUGACAUGCAGUCGCGGCCUGGAACUGCUCCCCUCUAGUUCCUCUCUGUACAUGU